CCGUUUUGUUUGCGACACUUCCGCUUCCGUCCGUCAGUCAGGCAGAAAGAAUGGCGGCCUCCUUGGUUCGCGUCUUUUCAAAGAUCAUUCACGGACACGUUUUACCGGCUGCAGCAGUUCAGCACCACCCAGUCUGUCCACGGUGGGCUGUCAGUGUGUGUCCUGCAGCUUUCAUUCACACAGGCUCUGUCUCAGCAUCUCCGUCUUCAUCUGCUGUCACAGUCACAGAAGAGCCAGACACACUCUAUCAGAAGCUGUCGGUGUUGGUGAAAGGGCAUGAUAAAUCAGUGCUGGACAGCUAUGAGUUUUUUGCCACAUUGGCAGCUCAAGAGCUCGGCCUAACAUUGGAGAAAGUAUUUGAACCUCCCAAAGACAUAGAUAAACUAACUCUACUGAAGUCGAUUCACAUCUUUAAGAAACACAGAGUGCAGUACGAGAUGAGGACACAUUACAGGUGUAUUAAGAUUUCCAGAAUAACCGGCUCAACCGUACAGGUUUAUCUGGAGUAUAUACAGCGUAAUCUACCUGAGGGCGUUGCCAUGGAGGUCACCAAGACAGCUAUUGAAAAGAUCCCCGAACACAUUCAGAAACCGCUGUGGGACGCCAACAAACUGGAGUCCAGCCAAUCAGAAAGAUAGUGACUUGAUAUUAGCUGCAGGAUUUGGGGUUCUCAAGAGUCUCAAGAGUAUUAGUUCUGAUCAAUCAAAUCUUAGAUCACUGAUGUUUAUGGUCUGAAUAAAGUCUCUGAAUAAAAUGUGUAUGAAAUAUGAGUAAUGUUUUUGGUUUUAAACAAGACUGUGUGUAUGUCAUAUACCAAAUACAUGCAAUAAAGUUUAGUUGCAUUUCUUUUAUAAAGUACAGAUCAUUUCAGGAAGUCAAAACAAAAAACUAAACUUAUCACGUUCCAACUUGAAAGGCAUAUUUUAUAUUAAUUUAAA